AUGGCUGAUCAUCAUAAUGACGAAGAUAGGAACGAAGAAGAAGAGCCCAUAUUUGCCGGGGAUAGUAUGGAUAUCUUGGACCAAAUAGGGAGAGCAUUGGAGAAGUAUAUUCCUCUUUUACUAAAAAGUUUGAAUCAAACAUUAGAAGGAGCUGUGAACGACCACAUUGCGCAGAUGAUUAGAGAAGAAGUUGCGGUCAAUGUGCAACGGGAGUUUGAGAAAAGAGAUGCCAAAGAUAAAGGCAAGAAGACCGAAUAUGAAAGGGAGGUGGAAGUAACAAGGGAGAAGGUCUAUAAGAAGAAGUUCACUUUUCGAGACUUUGAAGUAUGCCACCCACCGGAGUAUCACGGUGAUCGUGAUCCCAUCGUUUGUACUCGGUGGAUAUCGAAGAUCAAAGGGGCAUUCCGCACUAUUCAAUGCCCCUCACAUUUGAAGGUCAUAUUUGCGGUUGGUAUGCUUAGGAACAGUGGAAAGAGAUGGUGGGAUGAUUUGUUGGCUAUCAAGAAGGGGGCACUAUAUCAUGUGGAAUGGCCCGAAUUUAAGGCUAUGUUUUUCAAGGAGUGCCGGUCGGAGGCCGAGGUAACUAAGUUGAGAAGCGAAUUCCUCAAUGACUGUCAAGGCAACAUGAGCUUAAAUGAAUUCCGAGCUCAAUACUUGGACAUAGCACAAUUUUGUCCAGAAUUUCUUGAGAAUGAUCAGUUACUUAAGGAGCAAUUUUAUUUGAAGGUGAGGAAAAGCUUACGGGAGAAGAUUAGUUUACGUCAAAUGGAGUCUUUCUCCAUGUUGGCGGAUGUUGCUAGGGAUCAUGAGAUUGAGAAGUCAAGGGUGGAUGAAGGAGACUUAGAAAGGAAGCAUGAAGAUACCCAUUCUCCAAGUAAACGAUUCAAACAAGAAGGUAGCUCCGGUAGCAAUGCUACAAGAAGAAAUAUCCCCUUUUGCCGUCAAUGUAAGAGGAACCAUUCGGGGGUGUGUAAGGUGUCGGAGAAAGGAAGUUUAUACUUGUGGGAAACCGGGGCAUACAAGCCGGGAGUGCAAGUCAAAGACCCAAAAGCCUAUCAUAUGUUUCAAAUGCUUCGAGGAGGUCCACAUGAGAAGCUCGUGUCCUAA